GGUGAUUUGUGUCGGACGCAGUGUUCAAGUGUCCACAACUUCUACAGCCGAUUCAUCGAGGAGGCCAUAAUGCGUCAAUACUUGGUCAAGUGCCUCGACAACUGUCCAGGUACGAGACUUAAGUCAUGUAGGCCCCGAAAAUCAACUCGUUAGAGAGUACUAAAGCCUGAAGCCGGGUAUUGUCUUUAAGUUGGAGUCGAAUAUGUUUAGUGUCAUUCACUUAAAAUUGAUUGUAUGUCAAUGUACUGAUCCUAAUCCGGGGUUAUCACGCGUGGUCAAACGUAUCCGGAAAUUUGAUCGACGGUAAAUUGAUCGACGGUAAUUUGAUCGAACGGAAAUUUGGUCGAAACUUUUUUCUUCUUCAGUUUUUACAUUAAAAUUUUGCUUCAAAUUUCUUUUUGAACGCAUUAUUUUAUUUUACUAUAUAGUAUAGUGCGUUUAAAAAGAUAUUUGACGAAAAUUUUGACGUGUGGACUGAAAAAAAUAUUCGAUUUUUUUUUUUUGGUCUUUUAAAAUUUAAACAAUUGUUCCGUAUUUUUUAUAAGAUUAGGUUGUCCAAUAGUUUAGGAACUCAUAUCAGAAAUGCAUACGCUCAAUAUGGGCUGACAAUUACAUCAUGGAACGUAAUCAUAACAAAAUAAACACAGCCUGUUUGAUUGCCCAGUACUAUGUUUUUGUAGAGUUAUUUGAUUAGACCAGGGGUGGGGGGCAAACUACAGCCCGCGGCCCGCAUGCGGCCAGGCAACUGAUAUUAUGCGGCCCUCGAAGGCAAUUUAGAAAUUAAAAAAUACUUGUUAUUACGUUAUUUUGUUGAGUUUUACAGAAUUUCAUAUAACUUUAUGAUUGUUUUAACAUUUUUGAUCAAGUUUCUUUUUAAUUUUUCUCUUUUUUAAAACAGUCCUUCACUUUAGUCAUGCACUUCUAAAAUUCGAACUUACCGAUUUUAAUAUAGAUAAAUGUUUAUUGACAUGUAAACAUUGGACACAUAAUAUACAUGCGGCCCACCAGUAGCUUUACAUUUGUCCAUGCGGCCCACCAGUAGCUUUACAUUUGUCCAUGCGGCCCACCAGUAGCUUUACAUUUGUCCAUGCGGCCCACCAGUAGCUUUACAUUUGUCCAUGCGGCCCACCAGUAGCUUUACAUUUGUCAAUGUGGCCCACCGCACAAAAAAGUUUGCCCACCCCUGGAUUAGACAAACAUAAGCUCGUCUCUUCUGUACCUAGGGGUACGAUACCAACCGACUUAACAAUGCGACUCUAGUGCUGUUCGCACGUUCUAGAUUAGCAUAACUUUCAGCGAUGUCUAAGGGUUCUUAAAUAAAAAAAAAGUAAAAAAAAAUCCCAUUGCAGAUCAGGGUUGGCAGAGUCUAAGCCUUAAAUUUUUUCAGUGAACUAUUUGCCAGUUACAGUUGAUGAUUUCCGAAGUUUUCUUUCAGUCGCCGCCUCUAGCACUACGGAAGCCACGCCCACUGCAAGAACCAGCACCUCAACGACGACCACGCCCCCCGCAAGAACAAGUACUUCAACGACGACCACGCCCACCACAAGAACAAGUACUUCAACGACGACCACGCCCACCACAAGAACAAGUACUUUAACGACGACCACGCCCACUACCAGAACAAGCACUUCAACGACGACCACGCCCACUACCAGAACAAGCACUUCAACGACGACCACGCCCACUACCAGAACAAGCACUUCAACGACGACCACGCCCACCACAAGAACAAGCACUUCAACGACGACCAUGACCACGCCCACAACAAGAACUUCAACAACAGCCACGCCCACAACAAGAACAAGCACCUCAACGACGACCACGCCCACUACCAGAACAAGCACCACAGCAACAUCCUCAUCGACAUCGACAACCGCACCCACAGUAACAACACCCAGCAACCAAGGUAAAUUCCCACGCAGCUGUUCGUUAUCUGACUCUAUUUCAUUUCCCCUCUCCCACCCUCUCACCAUCCCCUACCACCCCCACCACCUCUGGACUGUCAACUAUUUUUAAUAAUUAGUUUGUUAGUUUGACAAAAUGCUUAAUUAAAAAAAAACCACACACACAAACUUCAUGCCGUGUGUUACGCACUGUAUCAGUAGGGAGUAAAUAAAUCUCCUAUUUACAUAAUAUAUGGCUCGUUUCAAAACAGUACAUAACAAAAGAUGAUACCAAAAGAUAAAAACAGUAACAAAGAAUACGAUACUCGAAACAGGGCUAAUUACAAUUAAUAAGUUUUAUUAAGUUAAUAAUAAAGUACAAAAGUCAAAAAGAAAUAUAAUUAAAAACUAUUAACUUAUAUAAUAUUGUGUGGCUGGUACCAGGACAAUGUCGAAUAAAACAGAAUGUGCAAAAAAGGUACAAAUAAUGAAACGAAUUCCACUGUAGACAAAGCACUCAAACGUACCAAAAUAACUCUCUCUCUCCCUGGUAUGCGUGCCACUAGCCUGUAUUUAUAGCCUAUUCCAUAGAAAAUUCAAGGUCAGAAUACGCAUCGUAAUAGGGACUCAAACAUUCUACAGUCCCCUACCGCAUUCGAGUAAAGAAACAUACGCUAUAUUGGUUUGUGGUAAGCGAGAUCAAAGGGAGUAAGAUACGCCCAAUAAUAACGCAGGUGAAUUGGGGGUCAGCUUAAGGUCGUUCACCAGGAAAAGAUUAAAUUGGGAUAAAACUAGAACGCAUGUGUGUAUAACACCAUGUUUCACCAAGAUAUUAGUUGUUAAAGGGAAUGCUGUCAUUUCAAAAGUUUGGGAUGUUUAAAAAAAAAAAUAAUAAUUCUGUUUGUUUUCAACUAGAAAUCGUCACCUAGGGUAACGUUGUGAAAAAAAGGAUGUUUUAAAAAACAACAACAUAUUUUUGUUGUAAAGUGUUUUAAAUUAUGGAUGACAUCCACAAAUGGAUGACAUCCACAAAUGGAUGGAUAUGGGGGUUGGGUAGGCGGAGAAGUCGCGUAAAAACUCAUCAAAUAACAACACACAUAAAAAGCCAACAUUAAGCGUUACUCAGAACAAAAACAAACAUACGACUAAAACAACAACAACCAUUUCUUCCAGAAUGUGGUGCCUCGUUAGCCCAUCGCAAGAAGGUGAUCAACGGGGUGGAUGCCACGGAGUGCCAGUUCCCUUGGGUGGCCCACGUCACAGGACAGAACGACGGACAGAUCUACUGCGGUGGUUCCAUCAUUGACAGCCGUCACGUGAUCACAGCCGCCCACUGCCUGAGAAACCGGUGAGAUAUAGUAGGGGAUUUUAAAUACGUGAAGUUCACUUCGCGGAGAAUGUUUGUAGAGGUUGAUAGAGUACAUGCUGGCGGUAUUCGCGUAGCGAGACACUGUGCCACCCGGUGCGGACCGAAAGGCUUAAAAAAAAAAACAAAGCCAUUUUCCAAUUCUAGCUUAUUUUCAUUGGAAAAAUAAUUGGCAGCCUUGAAUGGGUAUCUAGAUCCACGUUUAGUCAAUUUUCUUUUAUUCUUGUCAUCGCACUAAACGUUCAAUGCUUUUAUCCCAUGGGGCUCAAGGGACCCCAUCCCAGGCGCACUUAAAACCACUAUCUAUGGACAAUAAAUGGAUAGCUAUGUGUCCCUUUGUUGUCUGGAAAAUAUUAUAGAGAUUUAUUGAACUCAGGCAAAUAAUAAGCUGCACUUGUAAUUGUAUGCACACAAUCACACUGGCUGAAGUUAAUUUUAUUAAAUGGCUGCAUCUCAUGCUGGUUCCUAACGUCUGCAUUUCGAGGAAUUGUAAAGUUAAGAAGUAAAGCUAAUCCACCUUUUUGCAUGUGCGGUACAACUAAGGUUACUCUAAGAACACCUAAAAUAAAGACAUGCAAAUAUAAAGAAUUUAAAAAAAAAAUCAAGAUGAGUUAAACACAAUAAAAAGAAAGUAAUUUAAAAUUUCGUUGAAUGCAUUCAGCUGUCACAUAGGCCUGCAUUCAAUUGUCACAUAGACCUGAAUCCAAUUGUCACUUAGGCAUACAUUCUGUUGUCACAUACGCCUGCAUUCAGCUGUCACAUAGGCCUGCAUCCAGCUGUCACAUACGCCUGCACCCAGCUGUCACAUAGGCCUGCACCCAGCUGUCACAUAGGCCUGCACCUAGCUGUCACAUAGGCCUGCACCAAGCUGUCACAUAGGCCUGCACCCAGCUGUCACAUAGGCCUGCACCCAGCUGUCACAUAGGCCUGCACCAAGCUGUCACAUAGGCCUGAAUUGAGAUGUUAUUUUAAGCCAUCCCGUGUCAUCAAAAGAAACUGAGCCUACGCCCUUAUGUUACGAUCCCCCGGUUCAGCGCUUCCUGAACUUCAUUUUGGCGGACUGGUGUCCAAGUUUCCAUUGCACCCUAGACCGCGGUCCGUUUCAUUAAAUGUUCUUUCGCUCUGACCAUAAAUAUGUCAUGACAUAUUGUUAAACCGUAGACAAUUCUAUAGGACUCAAAUACAUAUUACCAUCUAAUACUAGCCGGCCAUUUUUAAAAAAAUAUUUUGUGUGUGUGUGUUUUAAAUACAAACAAAAUUAACACCCGAUAAAACUCCUUCCCCCCCCCCCCCCUUGAUACAAGUUUUCUUCCUAGGGAUUUCAGUGGCAUAGCUAGGGUGUUUGCCGCACGGGGCAAUCCAAGAUGUUUGCGGCCUACAUUCAGGAAAAAGCCCUCUGCAUUUGCCCAAAAAUUCUGCCACCAACCCCGAUAAUGAAAAAAAAUUUGCCCCGCCCUGUGGGGGGGGGGGGCAUCCCCUCUUGACCCUCUGCUACCCCUAUGCUACUGGGCAAUUUAACUUUAGUUUGUAUCAUAGUGUAUGCACAUUUUGAGGAGAAUAAUCUCACUUGCUUAAUUUAAAUUCCACACUUUCAAUUAACGGCCAGGCGUUGAGAACAGUUGAGAUGUAUGUCACCUUCAGGGUGCAGAUGUGUCUCCUGCAGGGUGCAGGUGUGUCUCCUUCAGGNGGUGCAGAUGGGUCUCCUGCAGGGUGCAGUUGUGUCUCCUGCAGGGUGCAGAUGUGUCUCCUGCAGGGUGCAGAUGUGUCUCCUUCAGGGUGCAGAUGUGUCUCCUUCAGGGUGCAGAUGUGUCUCAUUCAGGGUGCAGAUGUGUCUCAUUCAGGGUGCAGAUGUGUCUCAUUCAGGGUGCAGAUGUGUCUUCUUCAGGGUGCAGAUGUGUCUCAUUCAGGGUGCACGUGUGUCUCAUUCAGGGUGCAGGUGUGUCUUAUUCAGAGUGCAGGUGUGUCUCAUUCAGGGUGCAGAUGUGUCUCAUUCAGGGUGCAGAUGUGUCUUCUUCAGGGUGCAGAUGUGUCUCAUUCAGGGUGCAGGUGUGUCUCAUUCAGGGUGCAGGUGUGUCUUAUUCAGGGUACAGGUGUGUCUCCUUCAGGGUGCAGUUUUGUCUCCUUCAGGGUGCAGGUGUGUCUCAUUCAGGGUGCAGGUGUGUCUCCUUCAGGGUGCAGGUGUGUCUCAUUCAGGGUGCAGCUGUGUCUCCUUCAGGGUGCAGGUGUGUCUCCUUCAGGGUGCAGGUGUGUCUCCUUCAGGGUGCAGGUGUGUCUCCUUCAGGGUGCAGGUGUGUCUCCUUCAGGGUGCAGGUGUGUCUCCUUCAGGGUGCAGGUGUGUCUCAUUCAGGGUGCAGGUGUGUCUCCUUCAGGGUGCAGGUGUGUCUCAUUCAGGGUGCAGGUGUGUCUCCUUCAGGGUGCAGGUGUGUCUCCUUCAGGGUGCAGGUGUGUCUCCUUCAGGGUGCAGGUGUGUCUCCUUCAGGGUGCAGGUGUGUCUCCUUCAGGGUGCAGGUGUGUCUCCUUCAGGGUGCAGGUGUGUCUCCUUCAGGGUGCAGGUGUGUCUCAUUCAGGGUGCAGGUGUGUCUCAUUCAGGGUGCAGGUGUGUCUCAUUCAGGGUGCAGGUUGCACAAUUGACAAAUAAAGGAGCCGAAAAGUUUGGAACGCUGGUGCUCCCCCCACUCCCCCCAUCCCUCUGUCACGUGGUUUAAGUCACCUUCUCCAACUGUUACGUUUGUUAUCUUGUACCCCCACCCCACUGAUUUAAGAAACACAGGUACUUGGGAUUGCCAAUUUAGGUUUGAACUUUGAACUCCACAAUGUAAUUUUUCUAUUGAUUUGCACUUUAUUUGAUAUGGUAAUAUAAUAGCUAGGUUCACUUAUCACUUUUCCUCUUGCACGCGACGCUAGCUUCCCAUAAUAGCUAGGUUCACUUAUCACUUUCCACCUGGCACACGCCACUAGCUUCCCAUAAUAGCUAGGUUCACUUAUCACUUUCCACCUGGCACACGCCGCUAGCUUCCCAUAAUAGCUAGGUUCACUUAUCACUUUCCACCUGGCACACGCCGCUAGCUUCCCAUAAUAGCUAGGUUCACUUAUCACUUUCCACCUGGCACACGCCGCUAGCUUCCCAUAAUAGCUAGGUUCACUUAUCACUUUCCACCUGGCACAUGCCGCUAGCUUCCCAUAAUAGCUAGGUUCACUUAUCACUUUCCACCUGGCUCAUGCCGCUAGCUUCCCAUAAUAGCUAGGUUCACUUAUCACUUUUCACCUGGCACGCGACGCUAGCUUCCCAUAAUAGCUAGGUUCACUUAUCACUUUCCACCUGGCACACGCCGCUAGCUUCCCAUAAUAGCUAGGUUCACUUAUCACUUUCCACCUGGCACAUGCCGCUAGCUUCCCAUAAUAGCUAGGUUCACUUAUCACUUUCCACCUGGCUCAUGCCGCUAGCUUCCCAUAAUAGCUAGGUUCACUUAUCACUUUUCACCUGGCACGCGACGCUAGCUUCCCAUAAUAGCUAGGUUCACUUAUCACUUUCCACCUGGCACACGCCGCUAGCUUCCCAUAAUAGCUAGGUUCACUUAUCACUUUCCACCUGGCACAUGCCGCUAGCUUCCCAUAAUAGCUAGGUUCACUUAUCACUUUCCACCUGGCACACGCCGCUAGCUUCCCAUAAUAGCUAGGUUCACUUAUCACUUUCCACCUGGCACAUGCCGCUAGCUUCCCAUAAUAGCUAGGUUCACUUAUCACUUUCCACCUGGCACAUGCCGCUAGCUUCCCAUAAUAGCUAGGUUCACUUAUCACUUUCCACCUGGCACACGCCGCUAGCUUCCCAUAAUAGCUAGGUUCACUUAUCACUUUCCACCUGGCACAUGCCGCUAGCUUCCCAUAAUAGCUAGGUUCACUUAUCACUUUCCACCUGGCACACGACGCUAGCUUCCCAGGCUCCUCUUGAUGCCUAAAACCCGGAGUAUUUUUUAUGCUUAAGACCAUCUCGAUUAUUUUAUGUUUGUUUGGACAUCAGACUCAAACAUGUAACUUGUCACCCCAGUUUCUUGGCUAAUAUGCGGAGGGGGCGUUCAGCCCCGGGUGGCACUUUACCCUUUUUAUGUAGGGCGGCUUUUCGGCCAACUGCAGAACUUUCUUCGUGGAAGGGGGUGGGAAAAAUCUUGGCCCCUCCCCUAGCGGCACUAAAUCCCAGCUACGAAACUGUCUGAAGGGCAAUUGACGAGGGACCGUGAAGAGCGUUCGAGAGAAGCUUCGAUGUUUCUGUAAACAUUUUAUGUCUGCUGGCUUGUAUUAUAUUGAAUUGGCUCAUCACUUGAAACAUGAACUAUUUGGAACAUGAACUAUUUGGAACACGAACCAUUUGAAACAUGAACUAUUUGGAACAUGAACAAUUUGGAACACGAACCAUUUGAAACAUGAACUAUUUGGACCACGAACCACUUGAAACAUGAACUAUUUGGACCACGAACCACUUGAAACAUGAACUAUUUGAAACAUGAACUAUUUGGACCACGAACCACUUGAAACAUGAACUAUUUGGAACAUGAACUAUUUGGAACACGAACCAUUUGAAACAUGAACUAUUUGGAACAUGAACUAUUUGGAACACGAACCAUUUGAAACAUGAACUAUUUGGAACACGAACCAUUUGAAACAUGAACUAUUUGGAACAUGAACAAUUUGGAACACGAACCAUUUGAAACAUGAACUAUUUGGACCACGAACCACUUGAAACAUGAACUAUUUGGACCACGAACCACUUGAAACAUGAACUAUUUGAAACAUGAACUAUUUGGACCACGAACCACUUGAAACAUGAACUAUUUGGAACAUGAACUAUUUGGAACACGAACCAUUUGAAACAUGAACUAUUUGGAACAUGAACUAUUUGGAACACGAACCAUUUGAAACAUGAACUAUUUGGACCACGAACCACUUGAAACAUGAACUAUUUGGACCACGAACCACUUGAAACAUGAACUAUUUGAAACAUGAACUAUUUGGACCACGAACCACUUGAAACAUGAACUAUUUGGACCACGAACCACUUGAAACACGAAAUAUUUGGACCACGAAUCACUUGAAACAUGAACUAUUUGGACCACGAACCACUUGAAACAUGAACUAUUUGGACCACGAACCACUUGAAGCAUGAACUAUUUGGACCACGAACCACUUGAAACAUGAACUAUUUGAAACAUGAAAUAUUUGAAACAUGAAAUAUCUGAAACACGAAACACUUGAAACAUGAAAUAUUUGAAACACGAAACACUUGAAACAUGAAAUAGUUGAAACACGAACCACUUGAAACAUGAAAUAUUUGAAACACGAAACACUUGAAACAUGAAAUAUUUGAAACACGAAAGACUUGAAACAGGAAAUAUUUGAAACAUGAAAUAUUUGAAACACGAAACACCUGAAACAUGAAAUAUUUGAAACAUGAAAUAUUUGAAACACGAAACACUUGAAACAUGAAAUAUUUGAAACAUGAAAUAUUUGAAACACGAAACACUUGAAACAUGAACUACUUGAAACUCAACGGGACACACGUUUGUCAUCAACACUUUUCACCUGAAAUUUACUUCUGUCACAUGCAUUUUUGUCUGCCAUUCGUUUCCAGUAAGACUGGUCAGAUAGCCUCACCUUCCAUGGUCAAUGUCAGUGUCGGGUCGUCUAACCGGACAAGACUGACAACUGUUCAAGUCUCAGCCAUCAUCAUGGACCCACGUUACAACUCGGCCACUAAAGGUGAGUAGAGUAGUGCAAGAAGUAGUACAAUGACUAGUACGAGAAGUAGUACAAUAAUUAGCAUUAUAAUUAGUAUAAUAAGUAGUAUAAUAAGUAAUUCAAGGCUGUAUAUUUAUAGUCGAGUAUAAAGAAGGGCAUGGCUUAAUUUUUUAAAUAUUUAUUUUUUAUUUUUUAUUUUUUAUUACACCGAGUUAUUUUUAGUCACCGCACAUUGUCUGCUAACGGAACAUUGUUCAGUUUUGACAAUCAAUUUUUAAUUUUUUGUUUUGUUUUGUCUAUUGAAGAUUACGACACGGCUAUCCUGAGACUGGACAAUGCAUUGACCUUCUCAGAUUGUGUACAGCCCAUUUGUCUGCCCAGUGUCACGGACGAUCCAGCAGCUGCAGACUUUUGCGAGGUCGCAGGAUGGGGUCUUACUAUCUGUGAGUCCAGGUCUUAGGAGGGGGGUCUUUUAUAAAUAUGAAUCCAGGUCUUAGUAAAAGUUAAGUAAGUUCAUGUACGUUUAAACCCGUCUUUGAUAGAAAGUCUUUAUUCAAAAAAUUUUAAAAACAAUUUUUUUAUUACCACAUGAAACUGCUUUUAUUCCAACAAUUGCACACUGGGCUAUUUUACCAGAUGGUAACAAUACAUCAGAAGCAACUAUUCUCCAACACGUGGAGCUGCCCCUUGUUGAUCAGCAACGCUGUCAGAACUCCUACUUCACUGGCCCAGAGACCAUUAAUGAGCUUAAGCUCUGUGCUGGGGACUACUAUCAGGGUGGCAGGGACACGUGCAGUGUAAGUAGAAAUCUUUUAACUACCACCAGGGUAGAAUAGAUGCUUAUAGAGUAAGUCGGAAGGCUAAAUGAACUACUUCCCGUCAUCCUAUCGAACUUAAACUUGACACAUAGACUCGUUGCCAAUGACAACGAAUGCUUUCAAUUUUUUCAGCCCGACCUCCCCACCCCAACCCUAAAAAAUCUGAUUUUCAAGGUUGGAAAAGAGGGGGGGGGGAUGUUAACGCAUUAUUAAAUGGGUGUGUGUUUUGGUGUGGAGAUUAAAUGUGUAGCCGUUGCUAUGUGUUUUUCAUUUGUGACGUAUUUGGGUGUGCAGUUUUUGCCAAUGACAACGAAUGCUUUCAAUUUUUUCAGCCCGGCCUCCCCACCCCAACCCUAAAAAAUCUGAUUUUCAAGGUUGGAAAAGAGGGGGGGGGGGAUGUUAACGCAUUAUUAAAUGGGUGUGUGUUUUGGUGUGGAGAUUAAAUGUGUAGCCGUUGCUAUGUGUUUUUCAUUUGUGACGUAUUUGGGUGUGCAGUUAGUAUUAUUUUUUUUACUAUAUAGUAUAGUGCAUUCAAAAAAGAAAUUUGACGCGAAAUUUUAACGUGUGAACUGAAAAAAAGAUUCGACCAAAUUCCCAUUCAAUUAAAUUUCUGUCGAUCAAUUUUCCGUUGAAGAAAUUUCUUUUGAUCAAAUUUCCGGUAACAGUUUCAGCCAUAUCCUCAAACCCAAAACAUUUAUUAUAAUUAUCGCGUUUGAAGUGUUGUAGAAAUGUUUAAAAAAAACAAAAAACUAUAUGAUUAACUUUUAAUUUGGCUGAAAUUGCCCUCUCACCUUAAGUGUUUUCUUUCAUCCGUCUCAUCAGGGGGACUCAGGGGGUCCACUCAUGUGCUUAUCCAAGGGUCGCUACUUUCUCUACGGCGUCACAUCCUUUGGCAAGUACUGCGGCUUUCGUUACUACCCAGGAGUCUACGCAAGAGUCAACCAUCCGAGCAUCUUGGAUUUCAUCAACUCGGUCAGGAGCAGCUAACUCGCAGCUUCUAACAUAGUUACCAACAACAUCGUUGCUAGGGGAAAGGACGCCAUGCUUGUUUUAUUUAAAUAAUGAAAUAACUUUGGUGGGUAUUAAUACUGAGAGGUGUCUAUGGGGAUUACGAGCAUGAAAUGAAAAUUUUAAGGAAUUGAAAAUCUGAAUUUCGAAUCUAGUUUAUACCAGAACCUGUUCGCGAGGACGCUUGGACUAGAGUCACGUGUUCAGAGGAGUUCUUUUUUUUUGAAUGGUGCUAGGAGCACCGGUGCAUAAAACGUUACUUCUGUCUCCAUCGCACAAUUUCCUUGCUUCGUACAUCCCUCGUACAUAUUGAGAAACAUUUUCCUCAUGGAAAUAACCGAGAGGCACCCCAAAGGGGGGGGGGGGCAGACAUCGGGGAUUGUAAAUACUUGUGGACGCAACUGAUCUCUGUUUUACUAAACUAUUUUUGAAUGCUUUACAUAUUUUUUUGUUUUUGGGGGAUCAUAACCUUAAAACAUACACAAAAAAAAAAAAGUUUUUCAGUGGCGGAACCUAUUUUUUUAAAAAUGAAAAAACCGGGGGGGACCCCAAAGGGGGGGGGGGGGCAGACAUCGGGGAUUGUAAAUACUUGUGGACGCAACUGAUCUCUGUUUUACUAAACUAUUUUUGAAUGCUUUACAUUUUAUUUUGUUUAUGGGGGAUCAUAACCUUAAAACAUACACACAAAAAAAAAGGUUUUUCAGUGGCGGAUCCUAUUUUUUUAAAAAAUGAACUUGGACCCCGAUGAAAGAGUGAUGGCAUAGGAGGAUUGGAGGGUUGGGGUGAGUUGAAUGGGGGAGUCUGCCCCCCCUCCAAUUAUAAGUCAAUUAUAAUUGUACAACCCUGGUGAUAAUUAUGAAUUAAGGGUUGAUUUGUUUAACAUGUACGUUAAUUUUUAUUAUUGUGUUGUACACAAUGCUCUCUUUGCUCAAAUUACUAUGUACACCGCCUCCCGAUUUCAUACUCAUGUACAUACAGUCAGUGAUGUAGUAAUACACCUCUUGCAUGCUCAAAACCUUUCUUCUCUAUGACGCAAGGGUCAUCAUGCACGCUCAAGACAUGUCAGUGACAUAAUACACAUCUCUCAUGCUCAAGACAUAUCAGUGACAUAAUACAGAUCUCUCACGCUCAAGACGUGUCAGUGACAUAAUACACAUCUUUCAUGCUCAAGACAUGUCAGUUACAUAAUACACAUCUUGCAUGCUAAAAAAACAACAAAUAUGACAUGCUCAUAACAUUGUGGCAUCCGUUGUGGGUCACAUUGGUAACAGAAGUAAAACACGUUCUGGUCCCUGGUUGUGUUGUCUUGUGUUGUUAUUCAAAGCAGUCACGUAAUCCUGUUUCUUAAUAUGUUUUUAAACCCCGCGGCUUGUACGCGACUGUACAACUUUCAGCCACAUCAUUGGAACUGUACGGCCUUUAGAAUCUGUGCUCGGAAAUCGUUGAGUCGCUUGUUGAAAUGUCUGUACAACUUUCAGCCACAUCAUUGGAACUGUACAGCCUUUAGAAUCUGUGCUCGGAAAUCGUUGAAUCGCUCAUUGAAAUGUCGAUGCUGUUGUCCAGUGUACAUAUAUUUUCUUCAUCUUUACGACAGCAAUUUGAAAAAAGAAAAAGAAAAAGAAAGAUAUAUCUCCGUUAUCCGGAGCAUCGAGGCGAUUGCGAAAUCUGGAAGUAAAGAAUCUAAAUGGCACACAGUAAUGGAUUGUAAACAUGGCUUCACGAAGAGCAUUUUGUCCGAUUGUAUGCAGGUGUUUUCUCUUUGGGCGGGCUCUACCGCAGGACGCUAUAAAACAAACAUUUCCAAUAAAAGGAACUUUGAGUUAGGAUAUUUAGAUGGGUUCACUGGGGACAUUUUCGUUUAUACCUCCACCACACACCCCCCUCUAUUUAUGUGGGCUCACUGGUGCGUGUCGACUGUCUCUUGGCAGUUAAGUUUAUAUCUUUACUCCUUUCGCCGCACAACACAUACCCACAGUGGCAUAGAAAAACAACCAUUUCGUAAUAAAUGACGAUGUCGAUAGGACGAAAUGUUUGCUCAAUGUUAUGCACAUCAGAUCUCAUGACGUAUUGGUAAAUUUAAGCAUUCAAUGUUGUGCACAUCAGAUCUCAUGACGUAUUGGUAAAUUUAAGCAUUCAAUGUUGUGCACAUCAGAUC